GGCGCGGGGCCUGCCGGGAGUCGCGCGCGCAGCGACGGAGGCCCCUCCCUUGCGGACGCGCCCGGGCUGUGGGCUGCGGCCCGGAGAGUCUUCGCGCUCACCCUGCUGUGCCCGCCGCUUGGAGGCCUCGCCGUCCAGGGUUCCAGAAGGUUCAAGUUCCUGCAGGAGAUGAUGCUCCUCUGGGCCUUUCUCCUUGUCAUCUGGUUGCCUCAGGUCAUGCUGGGAGGAUAUUGGACCUAUAAUCUGAAAUGUUACGAUUGUUGGACCAUCAACAACUUCUUUUGUACAAGUAUGACAUUGUGUCCUAAACACCUCAGGCGCUGUGUGACCAUCUCUGUUCGUCUCGGCCUAUCGACGUGCAACGAUAUGGUGGGACUGGCCCUCGUGGUUCUUGUGAUGACUGAGGACGCCCUCGGCGCGGCCGUCAGGAACUGGGAACCCACAGGGCUGUGGCUCACGAGUCCUGGAGCUUCCAAGGCACACGGCCAAGUCGUGGUGGGACGAGAGAUGCACGGGCUGGGAGUGUGCCUUUUCUGGGCUCAAGGGGGACAUCUGGGGUUUCCCGGGCCCAUGUUCAUUGGUUUGAACAGUCGGGAGCUACUUGUUUACAAGAACUGUACGAGCAACUGCACAUUUGUGUAUCCAAGCGAAGUGCCUGAUGAAGCCCCAAGAUCAAAAUUUUUUAAAACUAAUAGUUUCUAUUUUGUUCGUUGUUGUGGUAGUAUUAAUUGCAAUGAAGGAGGUCCUAUUUCUCUUGAAAAGGAUAUUGUACAUGAGGAUAUAAUUGAGGAGCGUGUAGUAGCAAUGGCACACAUGGGGGAGUCACCAUUUUCCCUGAGCAUUGCCUCCAUCCUGGUCAGCCAUACACUGACAUGAGAAGCCCUCUGGGAGGGUCUGGUCUCUUCUCUCAUUCCUCAGAGCAAGUUCACUCUCCUUUCCUCCCUUGUGAGCCAGGGAUACUGACCCACAGGGCCCCAGGUGGACCAGUUACCCUUUCCCAGCUUAUUUCAAGAGAGAAAUAAAGAACAUUA